AUGGACCGUCAGAGUGUACCCGUCUCCGGUUCGGUGCAGAAGAAACGGCGCCGGCCCGCCUUGGCAUGCGAGGCGUGCCGCCGCCGUAAAGUCCGCUGCGAUAGGAACCUACCCUGCAGUACUUGCGUCCGCUCCAAGAAUGCCCUCUGUACGUAUACUACACAGACGACCCCAAAGAAGGCCAUCAUGCGGGGAAUGAGAGAGGAGACCCCCAGACACGGUGCUCCUGCAUCCGGCCCCGCGACUCUGGCUCUACCCGAGCCUAUCAUAGAGUCAUUCCAAUCCUUGCCCACGCCGAGACAUUCGGCCCCGUCGACUGUCAGGGCUCCUAAUACCGAAUCCUCUUCCCCCAAAUUCCUGACGGCUCCGGAAAACCUGUCUGGCGGGCAUCCAUGCCUUGCCGAUUUUGGUUUGUGGCAGCAGGUCAUCGAGCCACUGUCUACUCAGGCCCAGCAACCUUCUCCUGUUGCUGCCGCUGGAAUCGGAAGUGUUAGGGCAGAUACGGCUUCGACGCCAGGUAGCUGUCCUGAAUCUUCGUCGACUGUGAACUCUCUUGUUUCCAGGGUGAAGUAUCUUGAGAAGCAGCUGUCGGAUCUCAUGGUCAGGGGUGAUGACCGAGAUGAGCCGGCGGUUCAGGGUCCGUCGGACAUGAGGGACAUGAGGGAAGGGUUGAAGUAUAGUCGAGGGUGUGUCAGCAAGACACGCUUCUUCGGACAGAGCCACUUUAUGAAUGCAGCUGAUAUGCUAUGUCGCCUAGUCAGCUUCGCCAAGAAGUUUGAGGCCGAGAAGACAACCCAUCUCUACCAGAGCCUCGAGAAAUGCAAAAACUUGGGACGUCUCAUCAAAUCCCGCCGCACUCCCGCCUUCAACACCAUCACCAUUGGCAAGAGCAUGCCCUCUCGAGCAGUAGCAGAUAGCCUUAUUGACGCCUACCUUCGCACAUUUGAGUCUGUGCAGCGCAUCAUUCACAUCCCGACCUUCAAGGCCGACUACGAGCGCUACUGGGAGAACCCCUCGGAAACCAACGAUGCCUACGUUGUGCUCAUACAGCUAUGCAUGGCCAUAGGGGCGACAUUCCAUGACGAACGCUUCACUCUGCGGACCCUCGCCAUUCAGUGGUUCUGGGAGGGCAUGUUCUGGCUCAUGACCCCCUGUGAGAAGUCUAGGAUGACCGUGACGGGUCUCCAGAUUCGCUGUCUCAUGCAUUACCUAAGGCAGACGGCAAACGUUGGCUGCGAUCUCUCUUGGAUCGGCGCCGGGUCGCUUCUCAGGACGGCAAUGUAUAUGGGCAUGCACCGCGACCCCAAGUGGCUGGUUAAGAUGUCACCGUACCGCGCCGAGAUCCGCCGUCGGAUUUGGGCCACAAUCCUAGAGAUCGUGCUGCAGACGAGCAUUGACGCGGGCGGUGCGCCCCUCAUUUCGACGCGGGACUACGACACAGAGCCUCCUGCGAAUCUGGACGAUGACCAGCUCGUCGAGGGUGCCGACUCGGUCAUCCCGGUGCCCAAGGCCGACGGUACGCCCACGCAGAUGACGGUACCACUCGCAUUAUUGGCAACGUUUCCUGUACGUCUGGCGGUGAUAACGCGCACCAACCACUUCCGCUCCGACACGAUCUACGAAGAGACGCUGAGAUACAGCAACGAGCUGAAUGCGUCGUUGCAAAAGAUGAUGACGACUCUCAAAUCCCACCCCACGAUCUCGCAGUUUGCCCUUCGUUACGUUCUGGUCAUGACGUACCGCCUAUUCUUUGCCCUUCAUCAGCCAAUCAUUCCCCAGGCCCUACGGAAUCCAAUCUACUAUUUUUCUCGCAAGGUGUCCGUCGACACUGCUCUCCGCAUUUCCGAGGCAUCAUUCCUUACCCCCGAGAAGCCCGGCAGCGGAAUCACAGCCAAACCUUCCACGGUAUCGGAGCUAGACUUUUGGCGUCUGACUGUCAACGGUGCAGGCGCUUACCGUUCCGUUUCGUUCCAGAGCGUCAUGACCAUAGGUCUUGAGCUCAUCCACCAAAAGGAAGAAGAGCUCGAGCACGGAUCCUUCAUGUCUAUCAACAACCCGGAUAUGCGUGGAAUCCUGGACGCCGUGGCUGAUUGGUCGCGCCUGAGGAUCCAGUCCGGAGAGACGAACAUCAAGGGUCAUGCGCUCAGCGUUUUGCUCGUCGCUCAUCUCGAUGUCCUAGAAAAGGGGAUAAACGAUGAUAGCAUCGACAGUUAUUUUGAAAAGGCUUGUGAAGAUAGAGUCUUGGAGUGCCACGCCUUACUCUUGGAGGUGGCCGGAGACGACGUUUCUGAGGAGGGUAUCACUGCGCCAGAUAUCCACGACCUCGACCUAGACUUUUAUAACGGAGUGGACAUGUUGGGGGAUUUGGACUGGGAUAACAUGGAUAACGGGGGUUUCAUCUCCAAUCUGAACUUUGGAAACAUUGACAUGUUGUUUGCGUAG